UCCAGAACACCCGCACGCUCUCGUCCUCGCUUUCAAUUCUCCAGGAACAGCUUGGUAAACCACCCGAUCUUAUUCUCUUGCUCAUAAAUCGCCCGCCAAGAGUGUGCAGACGCGGGUAAACAAACACCAAAACAAUGUCGCAACCCACCUUAUCGGCAGAGGCGAAAGCCGCCAUUCGCGCCAACCUCGAGCUUGAGUUGAAUGCGCGAAAAGAGAAGUUGCUCGCCAUGUGCGAUGCGCAGGUUGCAAGUCUUAGGUCGCGCCUGGAGCGACGCGUCAACCGCAUCCCACCCAGCAAACGAAAUAUGAAUAUUGUCGAUCUGCUCGACGCAUCCGUUGCCCCUCCACCGAAAGCAACUAAACCGGCUGCGAAACCAGCUACACGCGCUGCAAAGCCAGCAGCCAAAACCACCACCGCUGUCCCUACGCGUGCGAUGAACACUGCCGCGCCUGCACCAGCCGCCCGAAAGACCCGAGCUGCUCCAUCGAAAACAGCUGCCAAAUCAGCACCUGCUCCCGCCGCGACCACCCAAGCUAAGUCGACCAACAAAGCCGCCGCUGCUUCGACCACCACUGCUACUCGAGCAAAGAAAAGACCAUCUGAUGAUGGUGAGAAAGAGAACGAGCUGGAUGUACCCAGGAAACGCGCCAAGGCAGCUGCUCCCGCCCCCGUUCCUAAGCAUGAACCUGCGCCCGCAAAUACCACCACGAAAACGACCAGGAAGAACUCGUUGGCACCCACCACCGCUAACCGAUCUGUCACCGAAGCCGCACCUGCGACCCGUAGCACACGCGCAACGGCUAAAAGAAAGGCAGUUCCCUUGGUCGCCGGCAUCCUUUCACCCAAGGAGAACAACAAUCACACCGCUGCCCGAACCCGCCGCCCCCGUUAG